AGUGCUGGGAUGGCGCUUCCUGGGCCAGGCGCGGCGGCGGGCGGCCCCAGCCGAUGCCGGGGGGCGGCGGGAGCAGCGUUGGCCGCUCGGCGGGCCUCCCCCUCUGCCUAGUCCGGCAUGUCCCGCGGCGGUAGCCGGCGCUGAGCUGCGGCGAGCUGCCUUCCCCUCUUCCCUCCCUUCCGCCGCCGUCCCGCCGGGUGGGAGCGACCCCGCAGGCGCUGCCCGCCCGGUUCCCUCCCCUCCGCGCCGCUGCCCUGCCCGGGCCAGGCGGGAAGAUGGACCCCGGCUCCUCGCUGGGCUUCAGCCUGAAGGACGUGAAGUGGAGCGCGGUGGCCGUCCCCCUGGACCUGCUCGUCAGCACCUACCGCCUCCCGCAGAUCGCCCGGCUGGACAGCGCUUUCAUAUGAGCAUACAUCAAGAUGCCAAAGUUGCUGAAGUCAGUGGAGCGUUCCCCAUUGAAGGCAGCGGCACCGACGUUCCAUUUGGCACUGGUAUAAAAUAUUGGUGCUCCUCCUCCCCGCGAUGUGGUCAGUGAAGUAAAGUGGAAGUCCUGUUGAAUCACCACUGAAAACUGUUCCAGCGUGGUCAGCAGUAGCCAGCAACAGUUGUUUCAUCUGGAGAAAACUUCUUUGAGUAGCCGGAGAAACUGUAGAAGGCCUUCGAGAGAGUGACUACCUCCUGAUUCAUUCGUGUCGGCAGUGGACAACAAUUACAGCUCACAGUCUGGAGGAGGGCCACUACGUCAUAGGGCCAAAGAUAGAAAUCCCUGUACAUUAUGCAGGGCAGUUUAAGCUGCUGGAACAAGACCGAGAUAUUAAGGAGCCAGUGCAGUAUUUUAACAGUGUGGAGGAGGUGGCUAAAGCAUUUCCUGAACGAGUUUACGUCAUGGAGGAAAUAACAUUCAACGUUAAGGUAGCUUCAGGUGAAUGCAAUGAGGACACUGAGGUUUACAACAUUACCCUUAGUACUGGGGAUGAGCUCACUUUAAUGGGACAAGCAGAAAUCCUUUAUGCAAAAUCUUCUAAGGAGAAGUCACGACUCAACACCAUCUUCAAAAAAAUUGGUAAACUUAAUUCAAUUAGCAAACUUGGCAGAGGCAAAAUGCCCUGCCUCAUCUGCAUGAACCACAGGACCAACGAAAGCAUCAGUCUCCCAUUCCAGUGUAAGGGCAAGUUUAGCACCCGCAGCCCGCUGGAGGUGCAGAUGCAAGAAGGUGAACACACAAUUCGUAACAUAGUAGAAAAAACCCGUCUGCCUGUUAAUGUGACUGUGCCAAGUCCUACACCCAGAAAUCCCUAUGACCUGCAUUUUAUCCGUGAAGGGCACAGGUACAAGUUUGUCAACAUUCAGACCAAAACUGUGGUGGUUUGUUGCGUCCUUCGUGGCAACAAAAUUAUUCCCAUGCAUUUUCCCUUGCACUUGGCACUUCCAAAAUUUACUCUACCUGACAGUCUUGUGAAGGGGGAGCUGUGGCACGAAUCCCUCAUCCAGCAUUGGUUUAAUAUAUGCCAGGAACAGUUUGACAUAGACGAGUAUUCCCGUGCCGUGCGCGACGUGAAAACAGACUGGAAUGAAGACUGCAAGAGCCCAAAGAAGAGCCGGUGCAGCGGGCACACUCACGUGCCGAACUCCCUCAGCUAUGCGCGGGACGAGCUCACGCAGUCCUUCCACCGGCUGUCGGUGUGCGUUUAUGGCAACAAUUUGCAUGGCAAUAGCGAAGUGAACCUCCACGGCUGCAGGGACCUGUGUAACGAGUGGGCUCUGUUUUCUCACGAUGCACUUCAGUACCAGGAUUCUGGUGACAGUAGCAGCGACUACCUUUUUCCUGAGGUUGGUGAAGAGUCCAUGUUUCUGCCUACGAAACCAGAACUUCCUUACGAAGAGCUGUGGUUGGACCAGGGGUCUGGAAAGCCUGGUGAGCAGCCGCUCACACGCUCGCUAAGUGAGAAGAACAAAUGUGACAAUUACAGAGGAUCCUUCCGAUCAAAGUGUGGUAGUACAUCUCUUCCUGUGCCUGGGACAGUCGAUGCAGCAACAAAGUCUGCGGAUGUUUCCCUACCUCCACCUCCAGUGCCUCCCAAAUCAGAAGCAGUAAAAGAGGAAUGCAGGCUCCUGAAUGCUCCCCCCGUCCCACCACGGAGUUCAAAACCAUCUUCCACCAGUCCUUCCAUCCCUCCUCGCACAGUCAAACCUGCACGACAGCAGACGCGCUCUCCUAGCCCUACUCUGUCCUACUAUUCUUCGGGACUGCACAACAUCAACGUCACAGAGAGUGACAGCACGAACCCAGCUGAGAGCAGCACGCCUGUUUCAUGCUACCCUUGUACCAUGAUGAAAACCGAAUCCAAAGAGCCUGAGAACACAAUGCCUUUUGGAAGCCCCUCAAUUGAAGCUCUGCCUUCCAGAUUAUCUUGGCCAAAUCAUUUUUCAGGAACUACGGAAGGCCAGAAUAGGAGCGAUUUCCUGCUUGAUCCAAGCAGGAGCUACAGUUACCCCAGACAGAAGACUCCGGGCACGCCAAAGAGAAACUGUCCAGCACCUUUGACUUUUGACUUCAAUGGGUGUGAGCUCCCUGUGGGGUACUCCCAACUGUCCCCAGCAGAGUUCAGCAACAUCUCCAACUGUCCGAAGUCAGCAAGUUACUCUCUAGACUGCACUGAUGAGAAAACUCUGGGAGACAGCAAUGCAAAGCAGAGUCAUUCUUGUCCUGCCUUACCUCCUCGGGCACCAAAGUCAAGCGAAGAGAAACAAGUUACAGACAUGUGUCCUUUGCCACUAAAAAUAGAUGGUGCCGAGGAGGAAUCAAAAACUGAUUCUCCAGACCUCCUGGAAGAUCAAUAUCUGGUUAAAAAGGGCAUGCAGGAUACGUUCUCUGUGUCUUAUCCCUUCUCAUCUCCCCUCCACCUCCAGUUAGCGCCAAGGUCUUGUGGGGAUGGCUCUCCCUGGCAGCCACCCACAGACCUUUCUGGACUCUCGAUAGAGGAAGUGUCUAAAUCGCUGAGGUUUAUUGGUCUGUCAGAAGAUGUCAUAUCAUUUUUUGUUACAGAGAAGAUUGAUGGCAAUUUACUGGUUCAGCUAACGGAAGAAAUCCUGUCAGAAGACUUUAAGCUAAGCAAAUUGCAGGUUAAGAAAAUACUACAGUUCAUUAAUGGCUGGCGGCCCAAGAUGUGAUGCUGACUAGUUUUUAGUGGAACUGUAUGAGAUGUGCUAGAGGCGCUUCAGCUAAUACAUCACUUCCUGGUUUUUGCACUAAGAGCCCUUCCUGUAAAUAGUAGUAGAAGAAUUCUUAACUAUGCAGAUAAAAGUUUUUGAGUGGUGAGCGGUGGUUUUUUUUGUUGGUUUUUUUUUGUAUGUCAAUAAUAAUGGUAGAGAAUCAGCAGAGGUGUGCCUUGUGCAUCCCUGAAUGUUCAACAGCUGCUAAAAACUGGACACUAAGGGAACUUUCACUCCGUACUCUAUUAAGACUUAGUCAUAUUUAUUACUGAACAAUUUGAUGCUGAAAGACACACACACACACACCAAUCCAGUUUACAGUUUUGAGUUAACUGCAAAAAAAAAUGUAUUUCUUAUGGGAAUAUUUCUUCAAAUAAUGUUUGACAACAUGCUGUGACUUUUUUUUCCUUUUCUGUUAACAAUAAGCAUGGUCAGAGACAGAAAAACGUGGUUUUGACACUACAUCUGAAAACGUUAAGAAUUGCUGUGAAGUGCCACUAAUAACACUACUCUUGCAGCUUGUUUUUAUUAACAGUGUCUUCAUGAUUACCUGUAAUGUGGGUAUGUUUUCCACCUUACUUUCAGAGAAAAGAGCUUAGUUCAGUGCCCAAAGGGGAGGGAGAAGGGGAAUUUUCCUACUGAGCCACUCUGCCCUGGCCAACUAAACUUUAUAACCUGUAGAUUUCAAAAGUUGCUUUUUAGUCAGAUAGCUGCAGUCAGUGGCAUGACUUGGGGUCAUGCAGCUUUCUUAUGUGAAAGGCAGCUCCCUGCACAAACCCUAUCCUCAGUGGCUCCAGCCCCUCACAGCCACCAGCACAUCUGUCUGAGCAGCCUGGUAGCUCAGCCCUUCCAUUUGCCUUGCUCUGCCCAGAGGAAACCCAUUACGUUUCCUCCGUUGUUGUUACCAUCAUCUGAAAAUGUGCUGUGCUAUUCUUGGAGUCAGAUCUGUGUGGGAAGGUGAUAGUACUGCAGGAUGCCUUUGAAAUAAAACAUUGGUGAGGUGCAGAGAAACAGGAGCAGUGCGUGCCAUGCAGAUAAGAAGAGGCCAAGUGAGAGUUUGGGCCAUGCCUCAGGAAAUGCUUGCGAUGCUUAAGUUCACCUCUCUCAUUUGCAGUGGGCUAGGAAAAUGUGAGUGUCAAAGGGAGAGGGACUGUAGCUUCAUUGACAUAUGCUAACUCAACUGCCCAGUCACAAAAACUUGCUGCAAUAGAUGCCACGCAGAAGUAGCAGCAAAAAGUGAGCUCAGAGAUGGGAAGGGGGCAUGAGGCUGCCCCUGGACACCUUUUGAAUUGAAGUGUGGAAAGUUAGAAGUAGGAUUGACUACUGGUAGUCCAUUGCUGAGUUCUUGACAUUGGCAGAGCUCUAAAAAAUGUCUAAAUAACUUCCAGAUUCCGAGAUCCCCUGCCUUCAUAGUCACAAAGGAAGGAUUUGUGGAGGUCCUCGGGAAAGCCUGUAGAGCCCAUCCUCAACACUGCGUGCCCAGAACCCUCUGGUAGCCAGAGCCAGAGAUGCUGGAGCAGCUUCACCAGACACAGAGCAGAGUGCUGCCUGGAGUGACCAUCACCUGCCUCUCUGUCCCUUCUGAAGGACAAAGAGCAUCUUUCAAGGCACAUCAUGGGAGCAUGAGGAGAAAAUACAGAGCAGGGGCAAAAAUGGGAGACUCGUUUUGCCUCGUUUUCCUCAACAAAAAUUGACUCGUUAAACAUUAUUUGCAAAGGGAGCUUUCUGUUGCCUGGGCAAAUUUCAUGUCAUGUUUCUGUGCUGAAGCCAAGAUGCAUCCUUGGUCCUGCAGUAAUACAGUUAGAAACCAUCAGUUUCUAACCAGAGAAUGAGGCCUAACUGCGUGUGGGUAGUAAAAGGCAGUGAGCCAAAACAUAUCCCUAUAGAAAAACCCAGGAAUUCAUCAUCUUUCUCUUCUGUGUUAAUGUAUUGACGUUUAGAACAGAUCAGUAACUUCUUCUGAGUGCAUUUUAAUUCCUGUCCUAAAACAUUUUAACUGCGGUUAAGACUAAAUUGAAUUAGAGCACUGGUCAGAUGCGUGUGCUUGUUGGUAGGCACAGGCAAAUUCAAGUCAGUGCUUUUUGACCCUCAUUAUGUCAAAAGAACAUCCAUUUGUUACAGGCGAAGAUUUUAAAUAUUGAGUACCUCUCUUUGGUUUUGCUUGGCUUGUUAAUUCUGGGUGAAAAAGCGAAUGGUUUCUCUCCUAGAGCUGCAAUCUUGAUGGUAAAUGUUUCUAAUUGCUGUCCCUGAUAAAAUAGUGUUCCUUGACUACAGAUGGAUAUCUGCCAUGUUUCUGUGCUUACCUGCUUGGAAUGUGUUUUUUGGUUUUUUUCUUGUAAAAGAAGCCUGAUGGAAUCUGCUUUCAUAAGUUUGCUGCAUUAACAUCACGUAUGCACAGACCAGAAUAGAACUGGCCUGUAGAAAGGCACAGAAAUGUGCAGUGAUUUCAGAAGCGGAUCUUAUGUACAGAAGUACAGCUAAAACCUCUUUAAUUGCAAACUUGCUACUGAUGUCCUGCCAGUUGUCUUAUUCUGGCUUAGCACUGCUUACUUAUUUUUAUGCAUAAUAUGUUAGCGUUUGACCUUUACUGUAGCCCAGAGCAGCCCAUCACCUUCACUUUCCAAACCUUUUAUAGCAAUUCAUGCAUUCCUAACCUUUGUGUAAAUUAGAGGGCUGCAGCAUCGAGCCACUGUGUGCAUGCCCAAGCAGGGCAGAAGCAUUUGUGGCUGGUGAAAUCAGGAGAGGAAAGAGCAAACUGUACAGCUGGGGUGUCAUGACUCACUUGGACGUAGAUAUAGGCAGCCAGCACAGGGCAGUGCUGAUGAUCACAGAAUCUCCUUUCCUCCUGAGCUGGUUGGUCGCCUUGUGUUGUUGUAGCAGGUACGCUUUGUGUGUUUGAAGGUAUGAUUUAAGAGGCACUUAAUGACUUACACACACGUGCGUGUUGCCGACAUGUUUUUGAUCUUAAAUAGGAUACGGACUGUGUCCUCGUUAGUGUUAGCCAGAUUUGUUAAAUACCACUGAGUUGAUAAUGGUAUUAAAGACUCCAGUUUGUCAUUGGCAAGAGGUACUACCUUCUUUCCUCACCACCCACGGCCCCAAGGCCUAAAUGUGCGUUUGCUUACAUCCAUACUGGGAACCUGAGCAGUACUGGGGCCUGGGCCCCUCGUGGACCCCCUCACUGCUGAGCUUUUGGCAUGGACACGUGCAUGGCUUUGGUGCAGGCCUAGCUCUGAGGAAGCAGUGACUGUUCCCAGGAAGCAAGGUGGAUGAAACCAAGCCACGGCCUGGGGGGCAGCAGAGUUGAUCUCUUGGUUUGGAGUUUGACCAGGCUGAUGUGAGAUGUGCUGGGUGUCCUUGGGAUCCAAGAUUGGGUUCUGGUCCAUUUUAUCUGCUAAUAGCAAGGGAUCUAUUUUGUUCAGAGAAUGCACGUCAUGUCAGAGUGAGCCUAAAAUAAAACUUUUUGGAGGUGCUCUGCUAAUAUUGGCCAGUCCUAACUUUGGGUUCCUUCCUGCUGUUAUUUAAAUGCAAGGCCUCUGAUGCUUAUUUAGCUAGCGGAGUCUGAAGUAGUGUGUUACCACUGGGGAUCUUGUUUGUCUGGGGAUUUUGGCAGCAAAAAUUCUGGCCUCUCAUUAUGUAUAGAAUUGUCUCUUGACACUGCACCGGGAAAUACAUCCUUUCUAUGCAGCAUUCAUGUGGCAAAGCAUUGAUGCUGCCUUCAGCUGUGAAAGCUUCUUUCUAGCACAGGUGCUUCUUCAGAAUGGAAACAGAAUUGGCAGGAGGAGGGAUGGGAGAAAACUUGAGAGGAAAUGCUGGUUUCCUUUAAGCACUCACUGUGUCUAGGAUUAAGAUUGUUCAUCAUAGAAUGAUAGAAUGGAUUAGGUUGGAAUGAAACCUUAAGGAUCACCUAGUCCCAACCCCGCUGCCAUGGGCAGGGCUGCCACCCACCAGCUCAGCUGCCCAUGUCCCCCUUCCAACCUGGCCUUGAGCAUCUCAAGGGAUGGGGCAUCUGCAACCUCUCUGGGCAACAUGUUCCAGUGUCCCUCUGAGUAAAGAAUUUCUUCCUAACAACUAACCUAAAUCUCCUGUCUUUUAGUUUAAAGCCAUCACCUCUUGUCCUGUCACUAUCAGACCAUGUAAAAAUUUGUUCCCCUCCUGCUUGUAAGCACCUGGCAGGUACUGGAAGGCUGCAGUGAGGUCUCCCUGAGCCUUCUCUUCUCCAAGUUGAACAAGACCAACUGUCUCAACCUUUGUUCAUAGGAGAGUUGCUCCAGCCCUCUGAUCUUCUCAUGGCAAUGCUCUGGACCCACUCCCAACAGUUUUGCAUUCUUCUUGUGCUGGGGGCUCCAGGCCUGGACAUACUACUCCAGGUGGGGCCUCACAAGGGCAGAGCAGAGGGGGACAAUCCUCUCCCUCUCCCUGCUGGCCACCCCUCUUUUGAUGCAGCCCAGGAUAAUGUUGUUCUUCUGGGCUGCUAGAGCUCACUGCUAGCUCAUGUCCAGCUAUUCAUCCACGAGGACCCCCAAGUCCUUCUCUGCAGGGCUGAGACCUUCGCCAGCAGGGCUUCUCUGCAGUGUUGUAUUGCUGCCUGGAUGGCUAACCAAAGUUGAGUUGAAAUCAACUCAAAAUGUGUAUUUGCAUUCUUGUUGUAUUGUAAAAAUUGCCUACAGCUAGAAAUUUGGAGACAGAAAACAUUUGGUCCCUCCAAAAUUACAAGGAAAAUGUGUCUUGAAGUGCUCUUGAAGCUAGAAGCACGGGUUUGAAGCAAAUCUGCAUCAUGGUUUUUUGUUUUUUUUAUCUUUCCCAAUACAACAGUUUUAUUUGCCACUUUAACUGACUUUAUUCCACAACAGCUUUCCAAGAAAAAGGAGUGUAAAUAGCAAUACUGUUUCAGAAACAGCAUACUUCCAAUCUGUCUGUAAAUACUUGAAGUGUUUUCUCCUGUUUUCUUCUUGAACUGACUCCUCAAGUUACCUCCCUGCUCCACAAAGCGUGCUGGCACCAACCAGCUGUGUGCAGGGGCCGGGGGCCAGGCUGCCUCAAACCAGGUCGGGGCGAGGGCUGAGCACGCUCCCCUGCCUCAUCUCCUCGAUGUCCAAAAGCUGCAGCGUGCCCACGUGCAAAAUGGAAGGUACGAAUGAAAUGGUAAUCCAAGCGAUGCUUUUAGUUGCGGUGUUAGGGGCGUCAGGGCAGCAAGGAAAUUCGGGCUCCUUGUUGAGACCUAGCAAUAAACGAUUCUUUGUUUGUUAUGUCUUAAACUCCUGUUCAUCCAGGAGUUGCUCGGACUUUACCAUUUCUGUGCAUAAUAACCAAAUGUUCAGAGCAAAAAUCUACAGAGCGAUUCUCUGGACUUGGACAAUCUUCUGAAGUAUGUUAAAAGUAAGUGUUAGUUCGUUCGUAGCUCUUUAGAUUCACUUUGGGUAGGUCAAAAAAAAAAAAAAGAAAAGAAAAAAGUAACAUUUGGGGAAAAAAGAAAAUAGAAAAAGAAAGAAGAGCCCCCAAACUUCAGCUUGGUGCAUUUCCGUUACGAAACAAAGCGUGGGUUUUGUGGAAGCCCUGUGCUGUCAUGGGCGUUUGUCUAAAAGGCUGAAGGCGGAUUGUUAUUUAAACCAGGUGCAAAUAAAUUUCCUUGUAAUGUAUAUGAACAAAUCUUAACUGCGUAUUGUAAGUAUAUAAACUGUAUAUUAAAGACACUAUUUUCAUGAUA